AUGACACAUGGGGCGAUUAAUAGCAAGGAUUACAACCUCAUUAGGAUUUUAUUCGAUUUACUGGAAUCACCUACAUUUAGUACUGCAGAUAUUGAUACAUACGUUCAACGUUAUUCAUUUUUUAGUAAAUAUAAAAAUAUAAACAUAGUUAAGGAAAUUAUAAAGAAAAUACAAUUAUAUUUUAUGAAUAUCACUAACAAUGCUUCUUGUAAUGAAGGAAAACCUUGUAAUUAUAUUAACUAUAGGAUUAACGAUCAAGAUAAACUGAUUCAUUCUAAUGAAAGGAAAGAUUUUUUUCUGGAUUUAAAGAAGUAUAUUGAAAGCAAUAUAAUUUCUUCAUCUGACAACAUAUAUACAUCAGAAAUAAAAUAUAUAGAAAAUGAUGAAUUUCAAAAAAUACAGGAAUUAUAUGAUAUAUAUAAUAAUAUUUCGUUUAUUUUACAAGUAUUUUCCAAAACUAAUAAGAGUGAGUCAUUUUAUUGUAAUGAAUUAGAAGUUUUCAUUAAAAAUUAUAAACAUAUUAUAAGUACAGUUAAUGAAAAUAUACAUUUAUUAAAUGUAUUAAAUAAUCUGAAAUGCUCAAUUAAAAGUAAUGUAUGGUUUUCUAAUAAUAAUUGCAAUCCUAAUAUAUUACGAAUAUUUAAUAAUGAUGAUAAUUCAAAUAAUAAAAUUGAGUGUAAUGAAUGGGGAGAAAAAGAAUAUAUAAAGCCAUAUUCAGAAGAUAAUUAUGCCUCUUUUAGCCGACAUAUUACUAAUGCAUCUGUUAAUAUGAAAAUUAUAAUAGCAAUAUCAUUUAUCAGUGUAUUUUUGUUAAUUAAGAAACUAUUUACGAAUUCUCUUACCAAGAAUGAGAAGUAUAAAUACAAAUAUAAACGACGCAACCUACCAACAUGA